GUCCUCCCACUUCUCCAUUUUUAUCCCCCUCAAAAGACCUCUCUGCACCUUCUCUCUCUCUCUCUCUCUCUCUCCCAAAUAAUACAAAACCCACAUUAGAUCACAACACUCCAUUCCCGGACAAUCAUCGAUGGCUGCCGCCGUCUCCACCAUCGGAGCCGUCAACCGAGCACCUGUGAGAAUAAAUGGGUCAAGCGGUGGGGCAUCAGUACCAAGCUCAGCGUUCAUGGGGAACAGUUUGAAGAAAGUGAGCUCGGCAAGGUUUGUGAAUCCGAAGGCUAUGCCUGGAAACUUUAAGGUUGUUGCGGCAGAAGAGUACGAUGAAGACAAACAAACAGGCAAGGACCGAUGGAAGGGUCUUGCCUAUGACAUUUCGGACGACCAACAAGAUAUCACCAGAGGCAAGGGUAUGGUUGAUUCCCUCUUCCAAGCACCCAUGCAAACUGGUACUCACUAUGCCGUCAUGAGUUCCUACGAGUACAUCAGCACUGGACUCCGCCAGUACUUGGACAACAACAUGGAUGGAUUUUACAUUGCUCCUGCUUUCAUGGACAAGCUUGUUGUUCACAUCACCAAGAACUUCAUGACUCUACCCAACAUCAAGGUGCCUCUUAUCUUGGGUAUCUGGGGAGGAAAAGGUCAAGGAAAAUCAUUCCAGUGUGAGCUUGUCUUUGCCAAGAUGGGAAUCAGCCCAAUCAUGAUGAGUGCUGGAGAACUGGAAAGUGGAAACGCAGGAGAGCCAGCCAAGCUUAUUAGGCAAAGGUACCGUGAGGCAGCUGACAUCAUCAAGAAGGGAAAAAUGUGCGCACUCUUCAUCAACGAUCUUGAUGCAGGAGCUGGUCGUAUGGGUGGGACCACCCAAUACACGGUCAACAACCAGAUGGUCAACGCCACCCUCAUGAACAUCGCUGAUAACCCAACCAAUGUUCAGCUCCCCGGUAUGUACAACAAGGAAGAGAACCCCCGCGUCCCCAUCAUCGUCACCGGUAACGAUUUCUCUACCCUCUACGCUCCUCUCAUCCGUGACGGUCGUAUGGAGAAGUUCUACUGGGCUCCUACCAGGGAAGACCGUAUCGGUGUCUGCAAAGGAAUUUUCAGGACCGACAAUGUUCCCGAUGAGGACAUCGUCAAGCUCGUCGAUACCUUCCCCGGCCAAUCCAUCGAUUUCUUUGGUGCCCUAAGGGCAAGAGUCUACGAUGACGAAGUGAGAAACUGGAUCGCAGGCGUUGGAGUCGAUGGUGUUGGGAAGAGGCUGGUGAACUCGAAAGAAGGACCACCAACAUUCGACCAACCAAAAAUGACAUUGGAGAAGCUGUUGGAGUACGGAAACUUGCUUGUCCAAGAGCAAGAGAAUGUGAAGAGAGUCCAAUUGGCUGACAAGUAUUUGAACGAAGCUGCUCUUGGUGAAGCUAAUGAAGAUGCUUUGAAGAGUGGAUCUUUCUACGGGAAAGCAGCCCAGCAAGUAAAUAUUCCAGUACCUGAAGGUUGUACUGAUCCAAAUGCUGGAAACUUUGACCCAACUGCUAGGAGUGAUGAUGGUAGCUGUCUGUAUACAUUUUAAGGCCUUUUCUUUAAAUAUAUAAUAAAUAUUUGUGGGGAUUAAAAAGAGAGCUUUUAAUUUUAAGGGAUGUUGAUAAAAACAAUAAUUGUUGUUACCAGCUUCUUUUUUAAUGCAUUGGUUAUCCUCUAAUGUUUUGUCU